GCAUAUCAAGGUAACACGUGCGCUUUCAGACAAUCGAAUUAUUCUCAAAAUGGAAGAACAAGACCAAAUGGAUACAGGCAUUGAUAUUAAACAAGAAACAAAUGAAAUGAAUGAUAUUGAUGAUAACAUGGAAGCAUCAGGUAGUUCAUCAACAGCUGUGUCAACUUCAAGCAACGUAACAGGAAAAAACAGGAAGAAAAAGAAGAAAAAAAAGAAAAAGAAACCCAAAACAAAUGAGGCUUCGAAAAAUAGUGAAAUAGAUACAGAAGAAGUGGAUGAUGGUGGUGAAGCAUCACAAACAGCAGAAGAAACAGAACCACAGGUUUAUCUUCCAGGUGGACCCAUGGAGGAAGGAGAAGAGUUAAACUUUGACAGUUCAGCAUAUAAAAUGUACCACCAAGUUCAAUGUGGAGCUCCUUGUUUGAGUUUUGACAUCAUUCCUGACAAUUUGGGAGACAACAGAACCGAAUUUCCAAUGACGAUGUAUCUUGCCGCUGGUACUCAGUCGGAAAGUUCGAAACAAAAUUACCUAAUCGUUUUGAAAAUGUCUGAUCUUCAAGAAAUGGAAGAAGAACAAAGUGAUGAAGAAGAUGCCAUCGACGAUGAACCAGACUUAACAAUGGGGCAAAUUAAGCACAAUGGGGCUGUGAACCGUGUUAAAUUUGCUAAUAUCCCAGGGCGACAAGUGGUCUCCACUUGGUCUGAAACGGGAAAAGUUCAUAUUUGGGAUAUUUCACGACAAUUUAUUGAAAUCGACAACGAUGACUCCGGAAAAAAUGUAACGUCUGACCAUAAACCUUUAUACACAUUCAGGGGUCAUCAGACCGAAGGAUUUGCAAUGGACUGGUCCAGAACUGUGCCUGGCAGGUUACUUACUGGAGAUUGUAAUAGAAAUAUUCAUUUAUGGAAUCCCACUGAAGAUAAUUCUUGGCAGGUUGAUCAGCGACCAUACUCGUCUCACACAAAGUCUGUGGAGGACUUACAAUGGAGCCCAAAUGAAGCAACUGUUUUUGCCUCUUGUUCCGUUGACAAAACAAUUAAAGUGUGGGAUAUCAGAGCAGCUCCAUCAAAAGCCUGUAUGUUGACAGCUCAAGCCCACGACGCUGAUGUUAACGUGAUUUCAUGGAAUAGGAAUGAGCCUCUUCUAGUAUCAGGGGGUGAUGAUGGUGCUAUUAAAGUUUGGGAUUUGAGACAAUUUCAGAGUGGCGAACCAAUCGCAGUGUUCAAGCACCAUACAGAUGCUAUCACAUCGGUUGAAUGGUCCUCAACAGACAAUUCUGUUUUUGCCGCUUCUGGAUCAGAUAAUCAAAUUACUCUGUGGGACCUCGCAGUAGAGAGAGACGAUGAGGGACAGCAAGGGAGGCCUGUUGAUGUGCCACCACAGUUGCUGUUUAUACAUAUGGGUCAAAAAGACAUUAAAGAACUGCACUGGCAUGCCCAGCUUCCUGGGGUUGUUGUCAGCACGGCUGAGGAUAGUUUUAAUGUCUUUAAAACGAUAAGUGUUUGAAUUUUUAACAUUUGCAAAUUAAAUGACACUGUAUAAUAUUGAGUUCCUUCAAGCGAUGCGAGCUAGGCUACGAGUUGUGAUCAUCUUUGGAAGUCAUGUGUGUAAAAAUCAAUACGAUAUGAGACGAACUAUAUCACGUAAUUUCACGCAACUAUUAAGACUGCUUUCCACUUACGCUUUUUUUAUACGCACGUACACGUAUGGAAAAUUUUAAAUGCUUUUAAUUU